GUUUGUUUCAUAAUUUAUUUAGCUUUUGUAGCUGCUGCAACAAGAGAGGGAGAGAGGAGAGAGAAUCAAGCAAGUCAAAGAAGUAUCGAGCCUUUUAAUUUGUAUUCUGUUCGUCACCGAAAAGCUGGUGGAAGAUGGUGACCGCGCAUCAAGUUCGCACUGUCAUCGGCGUCAUCGGUAACGUCAUAUCCUUCUUCUUAUUUCUCUCUCCGGUGCCGACUUUUGUUACGAUAUGGAAGAAGAAGGCGGUGGAGGAGUUUUCGGCGAUCCCGUACUUGGCGACUCUUCUCAAUUGCAUGAUGUGGGUCUUUUAUGGGCUUCCCUUCGUGACGCCGGACAGCACCCUGGUCGUCACGAUCAACGGCAUCGGGCUCGCGAUGGAGGCCGCGUACCUACUCGUUUACUUCAUCUACGCGCCAAAAGAUAAGCGCUUGAAAGUUUUGGGUAUCUUAGCCGGAGAGUUGGUCUUCAUGGCUUCAGUAGCCGUUGGGGUUCUCCUCGGAGCUCACACGCAUCAUAAAAGGCAAUUAAUUGUAGGAGUUCUGUGUGUGAUUUUUGGCACGGCCAUGUAUGCCUCCCCUCUAUCAGUCAUGAUGUUGGUGAUCCGGACAAAGAGCGUGGAAUAUAUGCCUCUGGCCCUUUCGCUGGUCGGGUUCGUGAAUGGAGUGUGCUGGACAACAUAUGCUCUCAUCCAAUUCGAUCUCUUCGUCACGAUUCCGAAUGGUCUUGGUGCAAUUUUUGGAGCCGCUCAGCUUGUACUCUACUUUUGUUACUAUAAAUCUACUCCAAAGAAGACCACGGAUAAUAAUAAUGAUAUCGAGUUAGCGCAGAGUGCCAAAUGAAAAUUUCCACCUCCACCGUAAUUUAGGUCA